GGCCCACACUCCAUCGUCUCCACCCGGACCAAACAUUCCACCGCUUCCCCCAAUUCCUUCUCUUGUUCGGCGAUGGUUUGAUCGGAUCCACCAAGCCCGUCCCGGCCGCAGAUCUAGCGCCGCCCUCGCCAGCCAUGGCCGACCACUCCGACUCCGACUCUUCCCCCAAGUCCUCUUCCUCCUCCUCCGCCUCCUCGUCGUCCGCCCGCCGUCGCUCUCCGCCGCGCGUCCGGGCACACUCCGACGAGGGCGGCAGCAGCGACGGCGUCCUCGUCGAGCUCCCCUCCCAGGAAGCGCGGAGCCCCGGGGCAGACCCAGACGCCGGUGUCUUCGUCAGCAUGCCCGCCGAUGACACCACCAGCGGCGAGACCUUCGAGGACGCCCCCGACGACCUCGCCUCCGGUGGCUUCCGCUCCGCUCGUUCGCUUGAUGAAUCCAUCGCCGUCAUCGACUUCCCCGACGAGUCUAGCGCCGCUGCCGAGUGCCGCAAGUACAAGGAAGAAAGGGAGGUGUGUGCGCGGGAGGCAGCGGCACUCCGGAGAAUGCUACGGGAGCUGGUAGGACAGGAAGCAUCGAGUUCGUUGCAAACUGAGGAUCCUGAUGAAAGGGUGCCGGUGUCACCCACACCGCUGCACUCCAUGCUGGAUGAUUGCUCGAGGCUUGUGCUUGGACUGAAUCCAGUCGUGCGUUCCAGGGAUCAGGAGGUCGACAGAUUACGUGCUAGGGCUGUUGAGGCAGAGGUGUCAAGGGAGGUUGUCGAUGCAUACCUUGGUUCAUGGAGGGAAGUGUCAGAACUAGCGAUUGGGCGAAUGGGUGCAUCGGUUGAUGCCGUGGUUGGGAAUGAUGCCACCAGUUUUGAGGGUGCUGAUCUAAAUGGGAUAUCUGUUGUUGAAAGGAAGACUUUGUUGCUAACAGAGCGGUACAGACAGGUUUUACAGGGUAUUGAACAACUUGAGCAGGUUUUAGCAGAGGUUAAGCCUGGUUUUCUGGCCAUGGGCCAGUGCGAUCAUGCUACCAUCUUAGGCAUUGUUUCAGAGGAAUUGGUCAGUAGCAAGAGAAACGAAACAAAUUUCAUGCAGAACUUGAUCACUUUGGGUGAAGAAAAUAAGAAUCUUACUGAAGAGCUUGAGAAUGUGAAAGGUGCUCGCGAUGCAGCAAAUGCUGAAGCAGGCAAAGCAAAGGCAGACUUUGAGCAGAUGGAGCAUAAAUUAUCAACCACCAAGGAGAAGCUCAGCAUGGCUGUUACAAAGGGCAAGUCAUUGGUGCAGCAUCGUGAUUCCUUGAAGCAGGCAUUGGCUGAAAAGACGCAUGAGCUGGAGAGAUGCAUUGCGGAGUUACAACAGAAGUCUGAUGCCUUUCAAGCAGCUGAGGGCAGAACCGAGGAGCUCAAGAUGUUGCUAGAUGAGAAGUCGACUGAACACGAGAAAUGUUUGGAUGAGCUUCGAGGAACAUACAGCGCUUGGGAAGCUGCUAAGGCAAACAUUGAGGAACUGAAUGAAGCAAACACUACACUUACUUCUGUUCAGGCCUCCCUUUCACUUAAGGACGGGUUUCUUCAACGCAUUGAAGAGGUCAUGUCGGAGGCAACAUUCCCAGAGGAUCUGCUUUCCUUGGAGAUGGCGGACAGAUUGGAAUGGUUGGUUGAACAAAAGAAAAUUGCUGAUAUGAUCUUCUCAGAGCACCGGAAAGUUAAAGAUAUCCUAGGCUCAGUUGACUUUCCACACACAGUCUUAACCGGUGAACUUGAUUCAAAGAUCGCUUGGCUAGUCAACUCAUUGGGCCAGGCUAAAGAUGAUGUGGUCCUGAUGCAGAAUGAGUCAUCUGAAAUUCUCCAGAGACUGUCUGCACAUGAAUCAAAAUUGGUCUCGAUGCAUGAGGAGAUUGACCGCUUGACCAUAGUUCUACUGGAAGAGAAGCAGGAAAAGGACAUACUUGUAAAUGAACACUCCGAAUUAAUGUCCAUGUACAAUGCUGCUGUUGAUAAAUUAUCUGUUGUCUCCUCACGGAAUACUGAGCUUGUAAAGGCAUUUGCAGAGGCUUCUGAUGUCACAUUGGAGGACAAUGCGCCCCUGGAGACUACCAAAUUAGUAGAUCAGUGCCUAAGCAACAUCCAGAGGAGAACAAGAUCCUCUCCUAUUGAGUGUGAAAGUUUUGAGAGGUUACACACACUAGUGUAUACCCUAGAUCAGGAAUUAGCACUUUGUAAAAUAAUCCUCGAAGAAGACACGACUGAUAGAUCUGAAAGGACAAGACUAUCAGGUGAACUACAAAAAAUGACAGAGGCAAUGUAUGUUCUGGAAACUGAAAGGGACUCAUUACAGAAAGAUCUUGAGCGGGUGGAGGAAAAAUCAUCUUUGCUUAGGGAGAAGCUGUCAAUGGCCGUGAAAAAGGGGAAGGGUUUGGUACAGGAGCGUGAAGGACUCAAGAAAGUCCUGGAUGAGAAGAACUCUGAGAUAGAGAAGCUAAAACAUGCUCUUGAUGAAAAAUACUCUGAAACAGAAAAUGUGAAACAUGCUUUGGAUAGGAUUAACUCUGAGAUCGAGAAGCUGAAAUGUGCGCUGGAUGAAAAGAACUCUGAUUUAGAGAAGCUAAGACAAGUUCUCGAUGAAAAUAGCUCUGAAACAGGGAAUCUAAAGCAAGCUUUGGAUGAAAAAAGCUCUGAAUCAGAUAAGCUAAAACGAGAUCUGGAAGCAAGGAACGCAGAAAUGGAGAAUCUAAAAUAUGAGAUAGUGUCAAGAGAAUCUGCAAAUUCAGAUCUCAGAGAACGAGUUGAGAAUCUAUAUUCACAGGUUACACAUUUUGAUAAGCUACAAUCGGAGAUUAUUUCCCUUAGCGAGGAAAAGGGUAAAGUAGAAAGCAUGUUGGAAGAAGCUAAAGUUUCCUGGGGCACUCUAGUUGAUUCAAUAUCAAGCAUUUCUCUUCCUGUUGAUCACCCCUUUGAGGAUCCUGUUGAAAAAACAAGCCAGAUUGCCCAAUACAUCAUGGAAUCACAAGCUGCUAAGAAUCACGUGGAGAGCGAGCUACAUAAAGCAAAUGAGCAAGUUACCUUGCAAGCUGGCAGGCUUUCUGAUUCACUUUCUACUAUAAAGAUAUUAGAAGAUGAAUUAAGUAAAGUAAAGGAGUAUAUUUCUUCCACUUCUGAAGAGAAACACCAAAUACAAUUGCAUGCUGCUGCUGUCGAGGAGGAGUUGGAGAAAACAAACGAGGAACUGGCUGAUAAUGCCAACAAACUAGAAGAUGCCAACACAACUAUUAACUCACUACAAGAUGCCUUGUCGCAGGCUAGAACAAGUCUUGCUAUUCUUGAUGCUGAAAAGAAUGAGACUGAAGCUAAACAUCAAGUGGAAACCAGUGCUCUUAAUGCUAAGCUCACCAAAUGUUUGGAAGAGUUGGACAGAAGUCAUGGAAACUUACAAAUUCAUUCAACCGAACACCUUGCUUACCUUGAAAAACUUAGCACACUUGUAAUGGAUGAUAGUAUUGUAUCGUUGAUGGCUGAAGAAUUUGGAAAGAAGUUCAGAAGCUUGAGAGAUAUGAGCCUUACAGUGAAGAGUAUGCAUGAACAACUCACUGCAAUGGGGUUCCAGAUUGAUCCGUUUAUCGAGGAUUCAGAGUUCAGUACGGUUUUUUCUCUUCCAGACUACGAUAACUUUGUUACUGAAAGAAUGCUUGACAGCAAAAUAAGAAAAGGGAAUAUGCUUGACAGCAAAAUAAGAAAAGGGAAUAUUGAUGAUGCUUCAUCCUUGUGUACUAUUGUUGGACAGUUCAGCAAUCAAGCUGAAUAUUUUUCUGGGUUUUUUAAAGAUCUGUCAGGCUACAUGAAUGACAAUAUUGUGCAGCUGCACCGUGCUCUGCAAUUGACAAGCAACAACUUCUCUCGUACCUUAGAAGAGCAUGACUCCUUGAAGAUCGAAUUGGGGAACAAGGACGCUCAGAGCAGAGCUCAAGAAGCUGAAUUGCUUUCUCUGCAAAAAGAGCUCAGGGCAAUGUCAUCAAAAUGUAUUUAUUGCACUGAACAGAUUCAAAUUAUUCUUGACAGCGUGCUUGAUCUAGGGUAUGCACUAGAGUUGGCAACAGGCAACUCCAGCAUUGAAUCAAAAGCAGAAGGAACCUUGUUUGUUUUGAAGGGCGAGGAUUCAGGUGAUUAUACAAAGGUGGCAGACACUUUACUAUCUUCCCUUAACAAACUGAGGUCAGAAUCUCAGAGGUUAUCUGAUAUGAAGGAAUUAGUAGUAACUUUGUUAGGUGAGUUGAAAAUGAGACUGAAACAAGCUGAGUCAGCUGCUGAAACUGCUUCAAAUGACCACCGGUUGUAUGUGGAAAGAGUAUGUGAGCUGGAGAAAGAUCUCAAAACAGCACAUGAUGAGUGUAACGGAAAGGAAAUAAGGAUUCAGGAGUACCAGGAAAGGGAGGAUGUGUUGAAGGCAAUGGAGUUAGAGUUGCUGUCACUUGCAAACACUCAAACUACAGGACAAAGAGAUAUAACUGAUGCAAUUUCAAAGGAUCAGCUGGAAGCACUUGUUGAAAAAAUAAGCAAACUAAAUAUACCAUCAGGCGAGUCACAUUUGCAGAGAGAAGUGGAUAUGUUCUCUAGCCCCAUUGACAAAAUCUUCUUUGUUAUUGAUGAAGUUGAUGCACUUCAACGUGAAGUGGAGACCUUAAGAUACGAAAAUGAAGAUUUACAAUUAAAUCUUGAAUCACAUGCUCGUGAAACCGAACAACUAAAGGAGGUCUGCAGAAACGCUGACUCAAAUCGUAGGGAGUUGGAAUCAAAAAGCGGUGAACUGCUUGAGGUAACAGUCAGUAUGGAGCGAAUGAUUCAGCGGUUAGGAUAUCUUGCUGGAAAAGAUGCGCUAGAAGAUAGCAAACCUACAACUACGCAAACACUCUUAUCAAAGCUGGAAAAACUAAUAAUCACAUCAAGUAUGGAAUCUGGAAAUGCGAAGUCCGCAAAACAAGAGCUGGGAGCGAAGUUGCAGGCCAGGGAAAAGACAGUUGAUGAGUUAUCAGCAAAAGUUAAGAAGCUUGAGGAUUUGUAUCAUUCUCGUCUUGUGCAGCCAGAGGUUAGCAAGGACAGAGCUUUUGAAGCCUCUUCCUCAGCAAUUGGUUCAGAGAUGUCCGAGAUUGAAGAUUUGGGACCAAUGGGAAAGGCAUCAAUUUCAUCUGUCCCUACUGCCGCACAUGCUAGAAUAAUGCGGUCAUCCGACCAUCUUGUUUUGAAUAUGGGCACAGAGUCAGAACGACUAAUUGAUGCACAUGAUUCAGAUGACAAAGGGCGUAUUAAAUCAUUGCAUACAUCUGGCUUGAUUCCAGCACAAGGAAAACAAAUUGCUGACAGAGUUGAUGGCAUCUGGGUCUCUGGGAGCCAAAUUCUGAUGAACCGACCGCGUGCCAGGCUAGGAAUCUUGGCGUAUUGGCUCUUCUUGCACUUGUGGUUGGUAGGCAGCAUCUUGUGACAAUGCUUGUCAAUAGCCGACCCCCUCAUAGCAUAAUUGUACAAUAGCGCGUAUUCACAGUUUUACCUUUUCUUCUUUCUUAUCAUAGAAAUGCCAUUCUUUUUCAUUUUGUGCUCCCUGCUCAAAAUUGUACUCGAGCAGUAUAUGUUGAAUUCCGCAAUCAGGAUGUAAUAUGUGCAGAAGAUAGCAAUACCAUUCUUUGGUACGCUGGAAGAAGUGAACGUUUUGGAUGUGACUAUGGGGAGUUUGCCAGUUUUUGGUUGACAAAACCGAAAUUGCCACUC